GAAUAGUCGGUGUGGAGUGAGGGAGCUCGUAAGUUUGUAGAGUAGAGAUGACUCUCAUUUCAUCAUGGAAAGGGGAUACAGACAACCGAUGAACGUGAAAACGGCAAUCAGAGAUAAGUAUCCAGACAUCUACUUAACACUUUGUGGACUUAAAUGCUGAGUCGACUGCAUGUAAGACACGAUCAAGAAGACAAAGCUGCGAAAUAUUACUGUUGCUAUCGUACAACGUGAAAAUGGAUUAGGCUGCAUUUAAGACGAAUUAGAUUUAAAAUCAGUUCGAUAUUGUUAUCAUUUAUUGCCCAAUUUAUAUGUACUAUGCAAGAUUUUGAUGUUACUGGAUGAACAGAGAAGCAAGUAGUCACGGACUGUGACUGAAUUUCGGAAAUUUAGAACACCUGAAACUUGGAUCAAACAGGUAGAAGUUGGCCGAUACUUGGUCAACAUGGAGUCAACGUGCAGGUGCUUGGAGAGACGCUGCUUGUUGUUCUUGGUCGUUUUAUCUAUGCAAUUUCUGCCAACAAGGACACAAGCCGCAAGAUAUGUUGAAUUUUCUGUUGCUGAAGAACAACCUGUAGGUAGUUUUAUUGGCGAUCUAAACACAGGAAAUAGUCAUCUUUAUGUGCUCUGGCAGGGGCCAGAUUACAAUGAUAGAAUACAUGUUGAUACCUUCACAGGAAAUAUUACAACAGCUGCAGUGUUGGACAGAGAAGAAAAGUCUUCCUAUAGCUUCUCUGUGUUACUAUACUCCAAUGGUUUACUCAUCCAGGUCAAGGUUCAUGUGCUGGACAUUAAUGACCACAACCCUGUGUUUCCUGUGGAUGUAGUCCAUUUAAUCUUACCAGAAAAGACACCAAUUAACACCAAGCAUGUGCUAGGCAGUGCUGUCGACCCUGACCUGGGAGAAAACACUGUCAGCAGAUAUGAGAUUCACAGUGGAAAUACAAACUCUGCAUUUGGACUUGUGUCCAAGCAAAAUGGCAAUGUUUUGUACUUGGAUUUAACAGUAAUUGGGGUGCUGGAUUAUGAGCAGACCCAGGAAUAUGAUUUGUACAUCAGGGCUUAUGAUAAUGGCUCACCACCUAAAUAUGGUGAAAUGAGAGUAAAUGUGACAAUAAUUGAUGACAAUGAUAAUCAGCCCAUAUUCAAUGCAAGCAGAUAUUCUGCACAGAUUUUGGAGAACGCCACUGUUGGAGGAAGUAUUUUACAGGUGUUUGCCACGGAUCAGGACAGUGGUGCAAACGGCCAUAUUAUGUACCAUAUAGAUCGAAUAAAUAGUGAUCAAGAAGAAUUUUUCCGUAUCAAUCCAGACACAGGCAUUGUAUAUGUAAAUAAGCCACUGGAUUAUGAGAGGAAAGGAGCACACGAGCUCAUCGUUGUCGCUAAAGACAACGGAAGCCAACCUUUACAGACAAGUGCAAUUGUGUCCAUACAGGUGGUCGACGUGAAUGACAAUGAGCCGCGCAUAAACCUGACUUUCUUCUCCAACGACAAUACUCCCAAGAUAUCUGAGGCGGCCAAUCCUGGUCAGAUCGUUGCCAGGGUGACUGUAAGCGAUAAAGAUGGCUCGGGAGUCUUCUCAAAUAUAAAUGUCACACUCAAGGGGGGUGGGGGUCAUUUUGGGUUGACAACUAGGGACAACACAGUGUAUUUGAUAAUCAUAAAAAAUCCACCUGAUCGCGAAAUACAACCUUAUCAUAUGCUGACAAUAACAGCAACGGACAGCGGUACGCCACCUCUUAACGCCAACAUCACAUUUAAUUUACAAGUGGAAGAUGUGAACGACAACGCUCCCCAGUUCACAGCCAGGGAAUAUCAUGCUGAUAUCAAGGAGAUUGUUUCUGCGGGUUCAUUUGUGAUCCAGGUGAACGCCACGGACCGAGAUGAGGGGGACAACGCCCUGAUCCAGUACAGUAUAUUAAAUGUGCCGGAUUCUCACUCAGAUUGGUUCCAAAUAGACGCCAUGUCUGGCCUGAUCACCACCAGUAAACCUAUCGACUGUGAAGUGGAUUCUCAGCCGCGGUUGUUGGUCCGAGCCAUGGACUCUGGCUCCCCUCCUCUCUCCGCCACUGCCACUGUGAUUAUUACAAUACGUGACGUCAACGACAACCAGCCGGCCUUUGAUCAGAGUUUUUACAAUGUCUCCAUCCCAGAGGAUACCGCUGCCCAGACAUGUAUACUAACCGGUAUCCAGCCACACAUCACAGCUCUGCUGGGACUGUAUAAGAUGUACUGUCCCAGUCUGGUCACCAUUGUCAUACCCAGGUCUCAGAGGGUGUUGUUUAAGCGCACUCAGCUGGACCGGGUGUGGAGCGAAAACAUCCACAGAGUUCAGGAGCAGAACAUGGCGAGGCGCAGAGAGCGGGAAGAUGUCUCCAAUCUCAGCAUGUCCAGGUUAAGAGAUGCUGAUGCCAGUAUUCUAGAGCCUCGAACCAAGCGUAGGAAAGUGGAUCCCAUCCCAGAGUUGUACACGGCUAAUGUCACGUCCACCCAACUGGACACCUCAGUGAGUGCAGUGGACACCAGUCUGGACAUUCACAGACCAGUGCCAUUUGAACAGAUUAAAACCAUGAAGGAUUUGUGCCACAAUAUAUGCAGGCUACAGAUGCCAGGCCAGAUGGGUUCCUCACUUCGCAGCAAACUUUUACUGUAUUACAUGUCCUGUACAUCAAAUCCCGUUACAGCUGCCAGGUUUUCUUACUGGCUCUCCAGUGUUUUAUCAGAAGAAAUUCUACAUAGUCCAUAUAGUAAGCGAGGAGAAGAGAUUUUAGAAGCACUAGCUAAUUUUACAGACUUUUUACAGGAGAGUGUUCCUGUAUGUGAAACAUUUUUAACCAAAUAUCUCCAUCUCUGGGAUGGAACAAGCUACAGGAUAUACAUUUUAGUACUGAUCACGAGAUUUAGAUUGUAUCCAUUUUCAACUCUGAAUGACCUGUUGCUGGAACCUCUUCGCAAGUUGUUCUUUUGUUCUAAUGUAUAUUUUAAGUGCCAGUUGCUGAUCUGUUUAAGGAAGUUAUUACAGAAUUUCAUUACGGUAGAAUUGGAACGUUACAAUACCACACUACGGAGACAAGAGAACGUGCUGGAAAACACGACAGAGUCUUUCAACCAUGUAUCUUUAUUUGUUGAAGAAGUUGAAAAGUUCCAGCCAUUACAAACAGUGGCAGAGUUUAUUGACUUUGUUGAUGCAAUGUGUUUGGUUGGCCUGGGUCUGGAGAGAGAUAAUGCCCUCAUGAUGUCAUGUGUCUUAGACUUCUUUGAGCUGGUCUCAAGUCUAACAGUACAGUAUGGCACUCCAUUUGUUCUGCUGCCCAGUAGAGGUCUUAUAUACAAGGGGCUGUUUGCCAACAAUGGGAUGACUUGCUCACGGAUGUGUGGUAUUCUUUUAAAUUGUCGCAAUGGGUUUCUGAAGCUGAAGUCCAUGCCCAAGCCAGACAAUCUUGGACUGGUGAACAUUGAUGUCAACAGUAUUGACACCCUCAACGCCUGUGUACUGGACUUCUGUGACUCUCUGUGGAGGUACAGAGCAUUUAAGAAGGACACCAGGUACCCCACGGCAUUCACGGUGGAGGAUGGGGUGAUGGAGGCCCUCAGUGUCCCCAGGGUCAAUGAGUGCUUCUCACUACACAGGCACCAGGCUUUCCUGGGCUUUGCCUGGGCAUAUCUGAAGGAGUUCCAGCCUCCAGAGAAGAAGGUCCACCCAGACCAGAUCAAGCAGGCCAAGCGUUCCUACCUGGAGUUCCUCCGACGUGAACAACUCCACGGCAUAGCUGAGUUCAUUGAACAGUUUAUAAAGAAAGCCAGCAGUUCCAUGUCUAAGUCGCACAUAGCUGCUAGCAUGGCCAGUCCAUAAGUCUGGGAAACAUGGAGGUUUUGUUAUUUUUCAAGUUUGUGAAAAUUUUUAAGAUUCCUUCCCCCAAUCUCCAAGAGUGACCUUGACCUGGUCAAGGUCAAAGGAAGAGUGAUAUAUUACCUGUUGAUGUACUCCUGGUAUGACUUUGAGUGUAUUGCUUGACACCUUCCACCUGCGGCUUGACAUUAUAUUGACCUGACCUAGUUCACAUUAUUUUCCAACUACGACCUUGACCUGGAUAUAGCCAUAGCCUGACCUUGUUCAAACAACCUUGUUCACACUGCCAUCUUGCCCUGUGCUUAGUCGGCAUGAGCUUAGUGUGAAAUAAAGGCCACCAGUGCAUCAUACUUUGCUUAAAGCUGUGGCAUAAAGUUUGGUUGUUGAAAAGCAUUGAACAAAUUUGUCCUUGGUUAAUGUAUAUUGAAGCCAGUGCUGAGUUUUUUCUUGAAAAGUGUACAGUAAAGCUUUGAGUGUAGCAUUUUAAUUUUUUUAUGUAUUAUAAACUGUACCUUGUGUAAAAAAGAACAUAUUUGGCAGAGCCAGUUAUGUAAAUAGAUUUUGUUUGAUAAAAACUGUAAAUAAAGGACUAGAAUAGCAUUGGGAAAACCUUUCUCAAUCAGUGUUUGAAUUGUAUAAAGAAUUAUGAUAUUUUAAUGUAAAGCAAUCAAAUUUAAAUUGUUUGGUUACAACUAAAGUUUACCUUGAUGAUAAAUUGUUGUAUUAUCACACACUAGGUGAUAAUUUGCAUCUUGAGAAGUUGCUGUUAGUAUUCUGCAUUACAUUUUAACAGUGUGAUUGGCUGCAUUUUGAAAGAAAGAUAUGAAAAGGUACAAAAUCUUUUAAACAUUGGUGUUUUGUUUAUAUUCCAGCAAAGAGUUUUAAUUCUGUUACAAUUUGUAUCAUUUUUUUUUUCAUCUCAUUUUAACUUAAAUUUAACUGGAUGGAGACAAUAUUUUCAGAGCAUUGUACAUUAUAAUGCUUAUUUUAUGAUAUUUAAAUAUGAAAUGUAUAGUUUUGUCUUCAGAAUUUUAGUAUAAGUUUUUGUUUAAAUGUUACUCUGCUAGUUGUCUUGUACAGCCUUUUUAAUACCUGUUGCAUCUGAAAUUUUAUAAAACUACAUUUUAUUUGAAACAAAUGUUUCUAAUAAUAUAUGUUAUCAGCAAUAUGUGUGUUAUGUAUGUACGGAGCAAUGAUUUUGUGACUCAUUAAAUUGAUUGCAAGAAAA